GCUCUGCCUCGGUUGGCAGUGCAGGUGCCGCUGCGCCGGGGCCCGGGAGGCUGCGCGCGCCGAGACGAGCGGAGUCAGGGAGGGAUGGAGAGCGGGCCGCCCGGGUUACAGGAGCACCGGCAAGGGGCGUAGGCGGGCGAGAAGCGGGCGCUGAGGCACGAGAAGUGUGCAGACGCAGGAGCACUUUGCGAUAGGAUGAGGCUCUUGGCUGGCGCGCGGUAGUACUAUGAUUUGGUAUGUGGCCACUUUGAUAGCAAGUGUGAUCAGCACCCGAGGUCUUGUGGCUCAAGGUGCCCACGGCCUGCGAGAGGAACCCGAGUUUGUGACUGCUCGAGCCGGCGAAGGUGUGGUUCUGCGAUGCGACGUAAUCCACCCAGUGACAGGACAGCCCCCACCCUAUGUUGUAGAGUGGUUCAAGUUUGGGGUCCCCAUCCCUAUCUUCAUCAAGUUUGGCUACUAUCCCCCACAUGUGGACCCUGAGUAUGCAGGCCGGGCCAGUCUUCAUGAUAAAGCAUCUUUGCGGCUGGAGCAGGUGCGCUCUGAGGACCAGGGUUGGUACGAGUGCAAAGUACUCAUGCUGGACCAGCAGUAUGACACAUUCCACAACGGCAGCUGGGUCCAUCUCACCAUUAACGCCCCUCCCACCUUUACAGAAACACCCCCCCAGUACAUCGAGGCCAAGGAAGGUGGAAGUAUUACCAUGACUUGUACUGCUUUCGGGAACCCUAAGCCCAUCGUCACCUGGCUCAAGGAAGGGACCCUCCUCGGUGCUAGUGCAAAGUAUCAGGUGAGUGACGGUAGCCUAACCGUGACGUCAGUCAGUCGGGAGGACAGAGGCGCCUAUACGUGUCGAGCAUAUAGCAUCCAGGGUGAGGCUGUGCACACCACCCAUCUGCUUGUUCAAGGGCCUCCCUUCAUUGUUUCCCCUCCUGAGAACAUCACCGUCAACAUCUCCCAGGAUGCUCUGCUUACCUGCAGGGCAGAGGCGUAUCCCGGCAACCUCACCUACACCUGGUACUGGCAGGAUGAGAACGUCUACUUCCAGAAUGACCUGAAGCUAAGGGUGCGGAUCCUGAUUGACGGGACCCUGAUCAUCUUCCGAGUGAAGCCAGAGGAUGCUGGGAAGUAUACCUGUGUCCCUAGCAACAGCCUGGGGCGCUCCCCCUCUGCCUCAGCGUACCUGACUGUGCAGUACCCAGCCCGUGUCCUCAACAUGCCCCCUGUAAUUUAUGUGCCCGUGGGAAUCCAUGGCUAUAUCCGCUGUCCUGUGGAUGCAGAGCCACCUGCUACUGUGGUGAAGUGGAAUAAGGAUGGUCGGCCCCUGCAGGUAGAGAAGAACUUGGGUUGGACCUUGAUGGAGGAUGGCUCUAUUCGCAUUGAGGAGGCCACAGAGGAGGCUCUUGGCACUUACACCUGUGUGCCUUACAACACCUUGGGGACCAUGGGCCAGUCUGCCCCUGCACGGCUUGUCCUGAAGGAUCCCCCGUAUUUCACGGUGCUACCCGGCUGGGAAUACAGGCAGGAGGCUGGCCGGGAGCUGCUCAUCCCCUGUGCAGCUGCAGGGGACCCCUUCCCCGUCAUCACCUGGAGGAAGGUAGGGAAGCCCAGCAGAAGCAAGCACAACGCACUGCCCAGCGGGAGUCUCCAGUUUCGUGCCCUGAGUAAGGAGGACCACGGGGAGUGGGAAUGUGUUGCCACCAAUGUGGUCACAAGCAUCACUGCCAGCACCCACCUCACUGUCAUCGGCACCAGUCCCCAUGCCCCAGGCAAUGUCCGGGUCCAUGUCUCCAUGACAACUGCCAACGUGUCCUGGGAGCCAGGCUAUGAUGGAGGCUACGAGCAGACAUUCUCAGUUUGGAUGAAGCGGGCUCAGUUUGGGCCCCACGACUGGCUGUCCUUGUCAGUGCCACCGGGCCCCAGCUGGUUGCUGGUAGACAGCCUGGAGCCCGAGACCGCAUACCAGUUCAGUGUCCUGGCCCAGAACAGGCUGGGAACCAGCGCCUUCAGUGAGGUGGUCACUGUGAACACUUUAGCAUUCCCUGUUACAACUCCAGAACCCCUGGUGCUGGUGACCCCACCAAGGUGCCUCACAGCCAACCGGACCCAGCAGGGUGUGCUCCUGUCCUGGCUCCCUCCUGCCAACCACAGCUUCCCCAUCGACCGCUAUAUCAUGGAGUUCCGGGUUGGGGAGCGCUGGGAGAUGCUGGAUGACGCCAUUCCAGGCACUGACGGAGAUUUUUUUGCCAAGGAUCUGUCACAGGAUACCUGGUAUGAGUUCCGGGUUUUGGCUGUCAUGCAGGAGCUGAUCAGCGAGCCCAGCAACAUCGCCGGCGUCUCCAGCACAGACAUCUUCCCACAGCCAGACCUGACCGACGAUGGGCUGGCCCGGCCAGUGUUGGCUGGGAUAGUGGCCACCAUCUGCUUCCUGGCGGCUGCCGUCCUCUUCAGCACUCUGGCUGCCUGCUUUGUCAACAAGCAGCGUAAGCGCAAACUCAAGCGGAAGAAAGAUCCUCCGCUCUCCAUCACUCACUGUAGGAAGAGUCUUGAGUCUCCCUUGUCCUCUGGCAAGGUGAGCCCCGAGAGCAUCCGCACACUCCGAGCCCCGUCUGAAUCCUCUGACGACCAGGGCCAGCCUGCGGCCAAGAGGAUGCUGAGCCCUACAAGGGAGAAAGAGCUGUCCCUGUACAAGAAAACCAAGAGGGCUAUCAGCAGCAGGAAGUAUAGUGUGGCCAAGGCUGAGGCCGAAGCUGAGGCCACCACACCCAUUGAACUGAUCAGUAGAGGCCCGGAUGGCCGCUUUGUCAUGGGCCCAUCGGAGAUGGAGCCCUCUGUGAAGGGCCGUCGAAUCGAGGGCUUCCCCUUCGCUGAGGAGACGGACAUGUACCCUGAGUUCCGGCAGUCCGAUGAGGAGAAUGAAGACCCACUGGUGCCCACGUCUGUGGCUGCUCUGAAGCCUCAGCUGACCCCAAUGUCUUCCAGCCAGGACCCUUACCUACCACCACCAGCAUACAGUCCUCGGUUCCAGCCUCGUGGGCUCGAGGGCCCGAGCGGACUGGGAGGACGACUCCAGGCUACUGGCCAAGCGAGGCCUCCUGCCCCUCGGCCCUUCCAGCACGGCCAGUAUUAUGGGUACCUCAGCAGCAGCAGCCCUGGGGAGGUGGAGCCUCCACCCUUCUAUAUGCCAGAAGUGGGCAGCCCCUUGAGCUCAGUCAUGUCAUCCCCACCCCUGCACACCGAGGGGCCUUUUGGCCACCCCACCAUCCCUGAGGAAAACGGAGAGAAUGCUUCUAACAGCACUUUGCCCUUGACUCAGACACCUACAGGAGGGCGCUCCCCUGAGCCCUGGGGCCGGCCAGAAUUUCCCUUUGGGGGACUGGAGACCCCAGCUAUGAUGUUCCCCCACCAGCUGCACCCCUGUGAUGUGGCCGAGAGUUUGCAACCCAAGGCCUGCCUGCCCCGAGGACUGCCCCCAGCUCCCCUCCAGGUGCCUGCUGCCUAUCCGGGCAUGCUAUCUCUGGAGGCACCAAAGGGCUGGGUAGGCAAGUCACCUGGCAGGGGUCCCAUCCCGGCGCCCCCUGCCACCAAGUGGCAGGAAAGACCUAUGCAACCUCUGGUCAGCCAAGGGCAGCUAAGACAUACCAGCCAAGGUAUGGGGAUACCGGUGUUGCCUUACCCGGAGCCAGCCGAGCCCGGGGGGCACGGUGGCCCCAGCACGUUUGGCCUGGACACCCGGUGGUAUGAGCCGCAGCCUCGGCCCCGGCCCAGCCCCCGGCAGGCCCGGCGUGCCGAGCCCAGUUUACAUCAAGUGGUGCUACAGCCCUCUCGGCUCUCACCUCUGACCCAAAGCCCCCUUAGUUCCCGCACUGGCUCCCCUGAGCUCGCUGCUCGUGCCCGACCUCGACCAGGCCUCCUGCAGCAGGCAGAGAUGUCCGAGAUCACCCUGCAGCCGCCAGCCGCGGUCAGCUUCUCUCGCAAGUCAACGCCAUCGUCCACGGGAUCUCCUUCACAGAGCAGCCGCAGUGGGAGCCCCAGCUACAGACCCACAAUGGGCUUCACUACUCUGGCCACGGGCUACCCUUCUCCUCCACCUGGCCCUGCCCCUCAGGCACCAGGGGACAGCUUGGAUGUGUUUGGACAGACGCCUUCCCCUCGGAGGAUGGGGGAGGAGCCACUCCGGCCAGAGCCCCCAACAACCUUACCUACUUCAGGAAUACUUCCACCUGCACCCGGGAACGCUGCCGUGCCUGAGAGGCUGGAGGCUCUGAGAUACCAACGGAUAAAGAAGCCCAAAAAGUCAUCCAAGGGCUCUUCGAAGUCAAAGAAACGAUCCGACGGUUCUGCCUCCCAGGCUCAGCAGCUUCCCAGCUCUCAGGUUCUGUGGCCGGACGAAGCUGUAUGCCUCCGAAAGAAGAAGAGACACUCUCGUCCUGAUCCCUUUGCCCGGCUCUCAGACCUGUGCCACCGUCAGCUUCCGGAAGACCAGACGGCCAUCCUCAACAGCGUGGAUCACGAUGACCCGGGCCACGCUACUCUGCUAUGACGUGACAUCACUCUAAAUGUCCCCAGGGUGGGGUGCUAGGCUAAAGGGGUGGAGAGGGACCAUUGUACAAGGCCAUGUCCUCCUCUGCCUAUCAUGGGAUGGCUCAGGCCCUUGUCCUGUGUGUUGUUGUCCCUCAUGCCAGUGGGGACCUCUCCCCCACUAUCUAGCCAGCUAGCUUUGCCCACGGGACAGAGGACUGGGGGAAGCGCUUUUAACUGUGGGUCAGAGUUGGGAGUAUAUGGGAAUGGAAAACAUCUCUCUCUCUACGCCACCUCUCUCUCCCACUUGGCUAGAUUGAUUUUUCUCACCUCUUUGAAAUGUCUUAGGAAAUGAGGAAGUGGAAAGCAAUGGCUUUUAGUCCUCUGCAUUUGUUUCAGUUUCCAAGUCCUGGGAGGGGGUUAGAGUUAUAUCCUGCCCUCCUAGCUCCACAUAUAUAUAGAUAUAGAUACAAAUGCACUUGUGUGUCGUUGGUGGGUUUCUCUAUGUGUAUAUAUAUGUAUAUUGAAGCAAAGUGCUUUUCUCCCUGUGGUCAGUGAAGGACUGAGGGAGAUUCUCAACAGCGGGCUUGGUGAGUAGGGCCUGCUACGGGCUGGGGGGGUGUCCUCAUGUCUGUCUUGGGAGAUCAUUCCGGCUGAAACAGGAUUCAUGCUUCCCAGCUGAGUUCUCCAUUGUUCUAUCUAGCCUCUCCCAUCUGGAGCAGAAAUGGGGGUCCCACCAUGAUUCUUAGCUCCCUGCUCGGCGGGUUGGCAACAAGUUAACACCUGAACUGAACCCGGGCCUUUGUUGCCUGCUUGCUAGGUGAGGAAAGCAUGGCCAGGCUUAAGGCCCGCCUGGCGUCUUUCUUUCUUCUGCAGUUCAGCACUUUCCACAGAUGUAGUGCUUGUUUAGCAGCGGGGCUGACCGGCAGGCCUGGUGUACAACCCCCUGCUCAUGUGGUCAUGCCUCAGUGUCUUCGGGUCCAGCCAGGGCUAGGGGCCCUGCAACCAAAGGCCCUCCUAUUCUGUAGCCACCUGUGCUGAGCAAGCUCUGUUUACCCAUCUCUGCUCGGCAGUCUGAGCUCUGCUCACCCCGCUGCUGAUUGGCUCCUCCUUUUCUUUUGUGUCUGCUAAUUCCCCAGAUUGAUUAAUUGCCAUUUGUGGGAGCUGCCUGUGGCUCCUUGGCAUACUCUCUGUGUGCUGCCUGCCAACUCUGUUCUGCCCUGGGGGUCCUUCUCCACCCCCUGGACCCAAUCUCUAGUGCACGAGAUGAAGAAAUGGGGGUGCCUCAUAUUGUUGAGUUCUGGGGUGUUCUUUCCUCACUGCUCCUAUGUGGAACUGCCUGAGUGAGGCACAGGGAUGAACGUGGAAGGGGUGGUGGGCAGGCACCAGGGUCCUAAUCCUUUCUCUGUCCAAAUAUUGUUCUGGUUCAAACUGUUAGCACUCAAAAGUUUUCCUAAUGCCACUUAUAAAUUCAGAUGCUUGUCUCGCUUCUUAAAAGGUUAUGGUGUUACUCAAGAGUAGAAAAGGAGGAGCGUGGGCCCACCUUCUCCUUUCCUCUGGCUUAACCUAAAGUAGUGGGAACUGCCAGCUUCCUGGAAGCGUUUCUUCUUGGUGCUGCUGUAUCCAUCUCUCUCCAGUGACUGCCUUGGGCAGUAGCCAUGCCUACUGGAAGGUUUCUGCUGCUCCCACAGAAACUGCCAGUCCCUUGACCUAGUGACUUUGAUGAUGUCCCAGGGACUGGGAAACCGUUCCUUUUCAGAGCUUCCAUCUUGGUGGAUUGACUGCAUAUGCAGCCAGGCCUUGGUGCUCCCUUUUCUCUCCUCGAGAGCUGGGAAUGGACUCCACAGUCGAGGCUUCACCAUGCAAGUCCUGUCACCACAGCUUUCUUCUGGACAUGGCAAAAAGAGGUGCUGAGGGCAGAGCGUCUUUUGCUCUGAGAUUAGGGCCACAUACCUUAGACCCUCCAACUGAUGUGAUUCUCCGAGGUGUCGGAGACCACUGGCCUCUCGACCUCAACUCUGAUGAAGCAGAAGGGUUGAGUUGGAAGACUCACGUUCUUUCUCAAAAGCGGCACACUGCUUCUUCCACUGUGACACCGUGGGCUGCUAACUCAGUGUCUUUGGGGCUGCUGGGAACAAGGCUGCCUGAAAUACUGGGGUAGUAUUUGGAGAUUCAUACUGGCCUAGCCUGUAGAGUUUGCUUGCUGUCUCACAUCACGUGACUUCUGAACCAUGGAGUAUAAAGGUAGGGUGUCAGGGCCCCUAGAUUUUGUAUUGAACUUGGACAACUAUUCUGAGGACCCUCCUGGGAAUUUUGGCCACUGUCUGGGCCUUGAAGUUACAACUGAGAAGAGGUUGCUGUCAAAGACUGCUUCUUUGGGAUGUUGUAGGGCCAAAAGCCUCAGUCCACGGCUAAGCUUGAGGGCUGGGCUUGCAGGCUGGGCUAACAAAGGUGCUGACUCCUUUCUCUUCUUGCCUCUGGCAGGGCCCCUUACCUCUGCCUUGCCGACCAAAUGGUGGAAACUGCUUUUUGACAGGCCACUGGGUGACAGCUGUGCUCUUGUGUCCCCUGGGCUCAGAAGGGGCACAAGGUCUACCCAUUCCAAAGUGGCCUCUCAUACAGUCUUCUCCUAAGAGGUCUUCCUUCUUGUGACUUUUCUUAGAGGCCAGCAGCAUUCCUGAAAUUCAGGAGACUGUUUCAGCCCUUCCUUUGAUGACUGCAUAGCAAACCAGCGGAUACAAUCCCCCAUGGUCAGUGGCUGACCAGGGUGUCAUAGAGGCACGAUCUUAAUUGCUAGAUGUGAGCACGUGUUUGACAGUCUGUUUAGAAAUGUGUGAUGUUGGGGUGUAUUCACUUCUAGGGACCAAUUACCUUUACACUCUUCCUCUGAACUUAGCAGUGACAAUGACUGAGCUUCCUAGGGCUCUCACCUUUCUUGCUAUGGGGGAUCAUGUCUUCCAAAUCCCCCCCUUUGGGUCCGGUAGCCUUGCAGAAGUAACUCAGUUCAAGACCUAUUCCUAUCCUCAGUAUUUUGUGUGUGUGUGUGUGUGUGUGUGUGUGUCCUUCCUUCUGCACUGUACCUGGAGACGCUACCCCGGUGUUUAAGCCGCCAGGCAGGAAGAGCAUAAACUGGUUCUCUAAGGGCCCAGAAAGAUUGCAAUUAUUUGACAGGAAAAAGAUGAGAAAUAAGAAGUGAAUCUUGUUUCUUGAAUUGACGGCUGAUCACACAGAUCUCGCUUUCAGUCUCUGAGUAGAGUUCUACGUGCUCAUGGCUGUGGGUGGCUAUUGGUCCAAUGUCUAGUGCUGGCCCCUGUCUAAUGGCCAGCCCAUCUCCUUCCCAGUUUUCUUUUCUUCUCUCUUUUUAAAAAUUGGAUUAUUUUCUUUAUUUACAUUUUAAAUGUUGUGCCCUUUCCUGUUACCCCCACCCAGAUGCCCCCUAUCCCAUCCCUCCUUCCCCUGCUUCUAUGAGGGUUUCCCCCCACCCCCACCCCUGCCUCCCUGCCCUCAAAUUCCCCUACACUGGAGUAUUGAGCCUUCACAGGACCAAGAGCCUCUCCUCCCAUUGAUGUACUCUUUGCUUGGUGGUUUAGUCCCUGGGAGCUCUGGGGGAUCUGGUUGGUUGAUAUUAUUGUUAUUUCUUUGGGGUUACAAACCCCUUCGGCUCCUUCUGUCCUUUUUCUAACUCCUCCAUUGGGGCCCCCAUUGGGGACCCUGUGCCCAGUUUUCUUAAAGGAACUAGGGCAGAAGAGAAGAGGGCUUCUGAGAUUCUUUCUCAGCCGGAAAGGUGCCACAACGCACAAUGUGAGCAAGGUCUAUGCUCUGUCUCCAGGGGCCUGGGCUAUGUAUUUAGGGGAGAUAUCAGCAGGGUAGGUUAGAACAGUUACUUGUUGGUAUUUCUCUCAGUGUGUUCUCUCUUUAUUUUUUUUUUCACGGUGAUCUAACCUAUUUGAGGUUGACCAGAUUUUAUUUGCUCAUUCUUCUGCCCCUUUUUCUUUAGAGGAACCUGGGCGAGGCUGGGGUGAGGGAUCCUUUUGCUUCCUCCUCCUGGUGACAUUGACACACAGUAGCUUCAGGGGCGGCACCCCGGAACAUUAGGGCAUCAUCGUUGCUUCCCAGGAUCUAAGUCUGGUACUGAGGCUAUUUCUUCUGACUUGGGUAGAAAAACCCUUUAAGAAGGCUUGGGGUGGGCGGGGAAAGUUAUAAGAUAAGUACAUUCUGUUAGUGUAUAGAGAACUCUAGGAAGUGAAUAGCUAAUGGUUUGGAUUUGCUUUGCUUGCAUGCAAAAAGUGCUUUGGGGGACUCUGCAGGGACUUAGGGGGUGGGAGGAUAGAGUCAAGAGCGGAGAUCGGGGGCCUGGGAGGUACUGCUACUACUGUUUUCUCUAAGAUCCUGAGCAUUCUCACCAAUGCUCCUUGGCUGGGCCCUACCCUUUGUGCAAGCUCCAAGCCCUGCUGUUUAUCUUUGUCUCUUUGGGAACAGGCUCAGGAUGUGGCUUAGCCGGCACUCUGCAUUGAAUAUAGUAGUUGAUAGGGCAGGUGGGAUUGAGGAAGGGAAGUUAGACUGCCGGAGAGUGGAAGGAACGCCUGAUGUGAGACUUAGAAGGAUGGGAGACUGGUCUUCAAAUGCCCAUGGUAGCUCCUUGUUGGUGGAAAGGGAACGGUUGUUCUCAGGAGCUUGGUCCUUAUUCUCAUGGCUGCUGUAGCAGGCAGGCUGUGUGUGAAAGUGCCUAGUGCUGGUGCUGGUGGUGGAGAGGAGGUGUGCCUCCAGUCUUGUCAGUUUUCUUCUUGAGCUAUCACGAAUGCCUUCAUCCUGGAGGCUAACAGUGGCCUCGUGACUAGAGGCUUUGCUUUCAAUUUCUCUUCCUUUGAUAGGUUAAAGAUACCACACUGUAGCUAUGACAGUAAACUAAUUACAUCUGAAACCAGAGACCAUCUAUUGUGUCCUUACUCUGUAGAACUUCCUCUUGGAUCAAGAGGAAAAACUGAAGAUCUCUUUAAGAGAAGUCAAUAAACUGAGAAUCAAAGCCUGGUUGGACUCUAAGAACUCUCCCCACAUCCUGCAACUUGGUGUUUGCAUGGCUGGCUUAUAACUCCUUCAUGGAAUCAGCAUGGGUCCAGUGCCUUGUGUCUGGGCCCCUAUCUAUGCUUCCAAAUGAGCUUUCAGAAAAAAUACACUGUCUGCACCAGAUGUUUGGUGUCUUGGAUGGCCAAGAAGGUAGAAGUUGUUUCAUGACCCCAU